CUUUACGACCACUUUGGAGGCUGAUUCAAAAUGGAGUAGAGCUUAGAGAAACUGAAUCAGAUCCCGCAGCUUUAUCUUCAUCUUUCCCGUCGUGUAUUCCUUUAACAGGUCGGUACUCCAAAUAAAAACAAGAAGCUCCUGCAAAAAAAAAAAAAAAUGGCCGAGGAAAAGAAGACAGGCUCCUUGGGUUUCUUCUCGAGCUACGACGAUUUGAGCGACAGCAGCGACAGCAGCGACUCAGACGAGGAGGGAGAAAGUCGAAAGAAGAGACCGGGGACAGACGCUCCGGCAGGCGGAGCUCAGUCCUCCCAACACGGGACCAAGCGAGCGGCCGGUGGAGCUCCUUUACCCAAACCCGCCGAGCUGUUCGGCUCCGUGUCCAAGCCGGCUUUCCUCUACAAUCCCCUGAAUAAGGAGAUAGACUGGGAGAGCCUCACGGUCAAAGCUCCGGAAGAGCCUGCCAGAGAGUUUAAGCCGUGGAAGACAAACGCUGUACCCCCUCCUGAUAGCUACACCUCAGAGCCAGAGAAGAAGAAGGGACCUCCCCCGGGCAUGGACAUGGCCAUAAAGUGGUCUAAUGUGUAUGAGGACAAUGGGGAAGAUGCACCACAGCCUUACACUGGCAACGCCCGGUUCUUACCCACAGAGGAGCAACCCUCCGACUCAGAUGAUGAAUCCGAUAAGGGAGACCUGUCUUCCAAGAAACGUAGAGUGGAGACCUUCCAGCAGAAGGAGAAGAGGAAGAGGGAAAUGGGACAAGCUACCUCCGACAAGAAUUUCGUAGAGGAGGAGAAAAGGAUCCUGAGGCAAAAUAUUGAGUGAGGCCCGAACUGCCUGCAACAAGGAGUCUGUUUCUAAUUUAAACAUUUUAUGUCAGCCGAGAACAUUCACAAAUAUUAGCACAAUGGUCCAGUUUGUAGGUAGUAUGCUGCGAACGCAAACAGGCAUUUUUGCCUGUAUGUUGACAUAAUUUGCAAUAUUUAUACUUGUUUUUGUUUCCAAAGGACUGUCAGCACACUUUAAACAAAAAUCAUAUAGUAUAUGAUAGUCCUGCUGCAAUAUUUUCAACUUAAGAGCUCAAUUUCCAGUACAUCCCUGUGGACUAUUUUCCAAAGUUAAAGGAAAAUUCAGGUGUUUUACAGUCUACGUCAUAUUUUUGUUUGUUUUUCCAAAUAGUUUUGUCCGUCAUCCUCACCAGCUCUCUUCCAAGGACACAGGGAUGAGGGCUAUUACUAGACACAGCUUUACAACAUGUACUGGGCAUUACCAAACAAGUAAUUAGACAGGUUUGGUCCCAGUUUGGCGUCACCUUCGCUUUACUUCCGAACACGCAGUUUUUACAACAAGGUGAAAUGAGACUUGUUUAAACCUGCCUGAUUGCUCUCGUUUGAGUCCCUGUGUCUCUAGGUCUUUGCAAAGAAGCUGGUUAAUAAAAUGUUACCCACGACCAAUAGGGAUGAAGGCCAACACUACGACAAAUUACUGAACUUUAAAAGAGAGUUUUGCUUGUUGUGAUACAUUGCACAUAAAGUGUGGUUAGUUUGGCUUUGCCUCCUCUUUGUUUUAAUUUAAAUGAGCUAAAAUAACAGUGACGUCUGGCUGUGGUGCUUUACCCGAUCUGUGUUUGUCUUGUAUUAUAUACGAAAUAUAUAAUCACUGAAAUGACUGUGUUUGUGUUGUGUUAAUACAGUGACUUUCCUUCAAAAAUGUGAUUUUAAAAAAUGGCUGUAAAUCUGUUGCAAUUAUAAAAUCUUGCUUGUUCUUCCUGCUUAUGGGCACUAGAUGUCGCCCUUAAGCUACACUAGAAUAUACUCCCUUCAUGUUUGUAGUCAAGUCCACUGGACUUUGUGUAAACUUUGGGCACCCCAAAUUACAACCAGGGUCUGUGUAUAUACGGUUGGUCAGAAAGGGAGUUUGUCUCAUCUCAGUUCUCUUGAGAUACUUGAUGCAUACGGACUGUUUGUUCAGUCUCAUGUACCUUGUAUUACAAAACACUUUUACAUCCGUGUGAAAUAAAACUUCUUGCAUGUUUAGUAUAUCAGAAGGUGUUUUGAACAUUGUACGGUUUUAUCAAGCCAGCAGAUCUGCUCAUUCAGUGUAAACAGAUCAUUUUAUGGUUUGUUUUAAGUGUUAUACUAUUCAUUAUAAACUACUUAGGCAAUAAAAGGUAUUUUACUGGAGGAAA